UGGAUUAAAAUCAUAUCGAUCCUAGGCGAUGUUAAUUUAAAGGAUCGAAGGAUCAAAAAAAUAUUAUCAUGUUUAUAAAAGUCAAGUAUAAGGUGUGGAUACCUGGGAAAAGACAAACUAGAUAGUCCUAAAAGUCACGAAAUUGAAGCUUAUUGAAUUGUCAGCAAUGCAAACGCAAUAAUCUGACCAAAAUGUUUUUAAUUUGUUGUAAUCUGUAAUGGUUAGUCUGGAACAAAGUGUCUUUGGUCAUGUAGCACUUCAGCGAUUGUUUAGUUUACAAAUGCCUUGUUUGUGCACAUGGGGAGUUUCAGAAGAUGCAGGCAACCAAUAAUUUGCCGUGUGCUUUUGCCUAUGAGCUGCUCGAGACAGUUCCUAAUGACUGAUAUUGAUAUAUGGUAAUUUCUUUACCGGAUCACAUGACACAAUUACCUCAAGAAUCGAUCAAGAUGAAUUGCACGUCAGCCUACGUUUCCGAUUUUUUUUCUCCCUCACGACUCCUGUCCACACGCCUAUGGUGCAAUAGAUGUACAAAGUUUAACACAGUCGAGUUGCCUGUUCGUGCUCUCUAACGCUAAACCGAGAGAUGACGGACUACGAUGAUCGCGGUAACUGCGCGUCCAAUAUGUAUUUACCGAACUGCACGUACUAUGUCUCGGCGCCUGAUUUCUCGACUGUGUCGUCGUUUUUACCGCAGUCCACAUCGUGUCAAGUUAAUUUCCCAUACUCUUCCAAUAUAGCUCAAGUCCAACCUGUUCGAGAAGUGGCUUUCAGAGACUAUGGACUGGAUCACCCGAGCAAAUGGCAUUACAGGGGCAAUUACGCUUCCUACUAUUCAACGGACGAGAUAAUGCACCGAGAUCUGCUCCAGUCAUCAAACAGGGCGGAAAUGAUAUUUAAAAACGAGUCUGUGUAUAGCCAUCACGGCGGCACGAACUCCGCGUGCAAUUUUUUCACCAACGUCGGCCGAAACGGAGUACUUCCUCAAGGUUUUGACCAAUUUUUCGAAAGUGUUAACGCUGGAAAGCCCAACCCUGAGUCCUCCAGACAAAAGACUGAGCCUACUGUCCCCGGAGAUGCACCAUGUAAUAAAGUGUCCUCAGAUAGCGCGGAUCAGACGAAAAGAGACACUGAAACCACAGAGGAAGAAUCUCCACUACCAACAUGCGAACAAGAGGGGAAGAACAACGGUUCAAGUACAAAGUCCAGAAAAAAGAGGUGCCCAUAUUCAAAAUAUCAGAUCCGGGAACUUGAACGAGAAUUCUUUUUCAACGUGUACAUAAAUAAAGAGAAGCGCCUCCAGUUGUCAAGAAUGCUAAACCUUACAGACCGACAAGUGAAGAUCUGGUUCCAGAACAGAAGGAUGAAAGAAAAAAAACUCAACCGAGAUCGUCUCCAGUACUUCACUGGAAACCCUUUAUUCUGAAAUCAACAGAUUGUCUAUUUUAGCAGACCACGUUCAUGGCUUUAACCGAGUCAUGAUUAUGUAUGUUAUUGGGACAUUAUGCAUUCAACCGAAACAGAUACGCAAGCUAAACUGUUAGGUCUGAUGUAUACUUUUAACUAUGCAAAAAUUUUGGUAGCCUAUUAAAACAAUGAACUCUUACCUCUGUGAAAAUUAUAUCCACAACACGCAAACAAAAAAGAAUGGUACCGAACGGUCGACAAUCUUUUCAUGUUCUAUUGUUUCAUUGUGAUUGCUACAGAAACGUAAUCGUGUUGUAUCUUUUUUUAUUAUUAUUAUUAUUUUAUUUAUUGCAAUUUUCAUGGUACAAGGCUACGUAAGUCACUACAAUUGCAGUAAGCAAAACAAAUUUUGAUUACAGUAAUCAAUGCGUGUUUCCAUUAAUGUAGAAUUGUGUAUGCAUUUGUUUCGGUAGCAUGCUGUGUAUUGGUGUAGUAAAUAAAUAUGAA